AUGAGAAGAAGCGUCGGUGGCGGCGGCAACAAUGGAGGGAAUGCCGCCGGACGCCGACCGCGGCGCGUACCCUCAACUAUCGACCGCGCGCUGAAACUAUCGAUGUCGUGCGGGACCACGUCCGCCGGUCACCAGACCCUAUUCGGGGCUCGGAAACGUUGCGGACGACACGGAAACGACGGGUGUUCACCUCUGGCAGGCUCUCGUCGCGAAAAAUCCCGUUUCAGGUGGUUUUUGUGGGCCCAGAGUCUCCAAAAUCGAACGGCCAUCGAUCGCGAUUCCGCGGGCCCGGUCGGCGUGGGUGAAAACCGUUGA